AGCGAUUACGUGCAAUGGUGCAAUUACGUGCACCACACCACGGCGAUGCACGACGGGCGGCGAUAAGAAUAUACGGCUUGGAAUGAUGGAAAUAGAGAGUCGCCUGCAUCACGGUAUAAGAACAAUAUACAAGUAGUGACAUACGGCGUCGGCACAUUGACGUUACGUCGGAACGCUCAGGAACGCUGCAGUCAUUGGCCACCAAUGGUCGCCAAGAUCGACGAUUGGACACGUCUGCGCAUCAAACUCGACGACGGCGGAUGUGCCGCGGCGGAUCUGUCAUGUCGCGGUUCGAUGGCGCGAUAGCGUGGUCAACUUCCUUUUCGUACGGUGUGGAAAAGCCGUGAGUAUAUAUCACCAAGAUGGUGAAGAUUAUGAAAAUAGGCAAAGUCGUGCUGGUUCUCAGCGGCCGGUACGCAGGUAGAAAAGCUAUCGUCAUGCGCAAUUAUGAUGAGGGAACAGCGGAAAAACAGUAUGGACAUGCAAUGGUAGCAGGCAUUGACCGGUACCCACGUAAAGUCCACAAAAGGAUGGGAAAGGGCAAGCUGCAUAAACGUUCUAAGAUCAAGCCUUUUGUCAAGAUCCUAAAUUACAACCACUUAAUGCCAACAAGAUACACAGUGGAUCUACAAUUAGAAAAAGUGGCCCCUAAAGAUCUUAAGGAUCCAAUGAAGCGCAAGAAGGUUCGCUUUCAGACGCGCGUCAAAUUUGAAGAGAGGUAUAAAAACGGUAAAAACAAGUGGUUUUUCCAGAAAUUAAGAUUCUAAUUGUUUCUAAAUAAAAGUCUGAUAUACAGAUGUAAAAAAAAGGUGAAUACAAUUUUUUCCAUCAUA